AAAGUUAAAACUAUGGUCUUCGGGUUGCUCCCUUCAGUUCCGUGGAAAUGGCGUCUUCAGCACUCUCAAGACUAACGAAUCUGCAGAGACACUUCCGACCCACGGACUCGAACAACAACAAGGGGGGCAGUGAUGGUGCUGGUGGAGGGUUGAUCAAGAUUUCUACAGAGGUAUCUGAAGCCUUGUCGCAUGGGCGUGCGGUAGUUGCUCUUGAAUCCACUAUUAUUUCCCAUGGAAUGCCAUAUCCUCUAAAUUUGGAGACAGCAAAGGAGGUGGAAGCGAUUGUUAGGACAAACGGAGCUGUUCCUGCUACUACUGCAAUUUUAGAUGGCAUACCAUGCGUAGGCUUGAGUGUGGAAGAACUGGAAAGGCUUGCUAUUUUGGGAACAAGAGCUCAGAAGACAGCUCGGAGGGACAUUGCACAUGUUGUGGCUACCGGAGGGAAUGGAGCAACUACUGUUUCUGCGACAAUGUUCUUUGCUUCUGUGGUUGGCAUCCCUGUAUUUGUCACUGGGGGUAUUGGAGGAGUACAUAGACAUGGCGAGCAAACAAUGGACGUAUCAUCUGACCUUACAGAGCUUGGAAGGACCCCAGUGGCAGUUAUCUCUGCCGGUGUAAAAUCAAUCUUAGAUAUUCCCAGGACCCUGGAAUAUUUGGAAACGCAGGGAGUUUGUGUUGCUGCUUACAAAACCAACGAGUUUCCAGCAUUUUUUACAGAAACAAGUGGCUGCAAGGUGCCUUGUCGUGUAGAUAGCCCGGAAGACUGUGCUCGGCUUAUAGAUGCAAACAUGAAACUCAAGCUUGAUACUGGAAUUCUUUUCGCAGUUCCAAUUCCAAAAGAACACUCGGCUUCUGGAAGCAUAAUUGAAUGUGCUAUACAGGGAGCACUUAAAGAGGCUAGGGAGAAGAAUAUAACCGGAAAUGCUGAAACUCCUUUCCUGCUUGCAAGAGUGAAUGAACUAACUGGAGGAGCCUCACUUGCUUCAAACAUUGCACUUGUGAAGAAUAACGCUUUUGUUGGUGCAAGGAUAGCUGUAGCCCUUUCCCAGCUCAGGAAAUCUUGUAAUGAAGGUGAUGCUGAGUCAGUGUCAUAGGCCCCAAAGCUUCUGAUCCAGAUCCGGGCAAUCCAACAAUGUGGCCAGUUGAACUUUCUUUCUUCCUUUGUGUGACGUUUUACUCAUGAUGACAAUGAAAAACUGAUCUGAAGGGCAAACGUGUCAAUUUCGUUGCCAUUUAUUAACUGUAUUGAAUGCUCUAUGAAUUGUUAUCUCCCACUGCAACAGAAAUAAUUUCAAAAGUAGAUGACGUAUUCUGCAGUUAU